AUGGAUGACGACGAGCCUGUUGAUAGGACUUUUCAAAAUUCAAAAGCUUUGAUAACUUUUGGAGUGUGGCUUGUUCUUAUGGCUAUUGGAAUUGCCGUCUGGCGAUGGAAAAAGAAAAAGCCGAGCAAGAGGGAUGAAAGAAUGAAGAAAUACCAAAGGUUGAAUGAUGUUGAAGCUCCUCAUACAAGCGCAAAAAACUAUUCCGAUACAACAGAUACAUCCCAGCUCAAUAAAUUCAAAGAAGGGAUUCGAGCUCAAUUCCGUUAUCUAUCCUCCGACUCUCACGAGACAAAUCUUGCUUCAGACAUAGCAUCUUCACUUUCCGUGGAAACGCUCUACUCCAACACUUAUCAAGAAGUGAUGAACGACCUGAUCAAACUGGACGAAGAUAGCAAACAAAUUGAGAAGAAAAUCGACGACGCGUCCCAAUCAGAAAGUGACAAAGAAUUCGUGAGACGUCUCAAGAAUCUGCAGAAAGACUUUUCUUCUGUAAAAGAAACCCUGCAAAGCCUGACUGCUGACGAGGAAAUAUACAUUCAACCAGAAAACUGUUCUUGA